AUGCAACAGGCAAUACCUUACAAGUCAUGGCUACCUUUAUACACCAACAACAAGCCUCUAAUAAGCCCUUCACAGCUCAUGAGCCACCAUAACAAUGGUGGAGUGGUUGCAACUCAAGAAGUGCUAAAAGGGUCAAGAAACAUGAGCAAGAUGGUACAAGAGAAUGCAGUCAUAGUGUUUGCUAGACGUGGAUGCUGCAUGAGCCAUGUAGUGAAGCGGUUGCUUCUUGGGCUUGGAGUGAAUCCAGCAGUUUAUGAGAUCGAUGAGGCUGAUGAGGUCAGUGUUUUAGAAGAAUUGGAAAUGAUCAGCAACGAUGGUGGAAAGGGGAGUAAGAAGAAAGUACAGUUUCCUGCUCUUUUUAUUGGUGGAGAGUUGUUUGGUGGAUUGGAUAGACUCAUGGCUACUCAUAUUUCAGGAGAAUUGGUCCCUAUUUUGAAAGAAGCUGGAGCCUUAUGGCUUUGA